AUGAGUGUCACUCUCACAUUCUAUGCACGCUCCAACUCUCAUGCUCCGUGUGGCUUAAUAUGGGUGACUCCGUAUAACCGGAGUGAAUAUUGGGCUGGUGGGCUUUUGACAUACCAGAGCAAGGGAAAAGAUACACUUGCAGUAUGGUCUGAGAGGAAUCGUCCAAUUGAGAACAAGGACAUUGUGUUAUGGUACACAAUGGGAUUCCAUCACAUACCAUGCCAGGAGGACUACCCUAUAAUGCCAACAGUUUCAUCAAGCUUCGAUCUGAAGCCGGUUAAUUUCUUCGAAAGCAAUCCAAUCCUUCGCACCAUGCCCAACUUCGAGAAGGACCUGCCUGUUUGCAGGCCUGAUAGUUCAUAUUGA